AUGAAGUGCUUGGAUAAAAAACGAAUCAAAAUGAAACAAGGCGAAACGUUGGCGCUUAACGAACGCAUUAUGCUCAGUCUUGUGAGCACGGGACAAGAUUGUCCGUUUAUCGUUUGCAUGACAUACGCAUUCCAAUCGUCUGACAAAUUGUGCUUUAUUCUUGAUCUUAUGAACGGCGGUGAUUUACAUUACCACCUCAGUCAGCAUGGCAUAUUUACAGAAAGUGAGAUGAUGUUCUAUGCGGCGGAAGUCAUCCUCGGCUUGGAACAUAUGCAUAGUCGUUUUGUGGUAUAUCGAGACUUAAAGCCUGCUAAUAUUCUGCUAGAUGAAAACGGACAUGCGCGAGUUUCUGAUUUUGGUUUAGCGUGUGAUUUCUCAAGAAGGAAACCUCAUGCCAGUGUAGGCACUCAUGGCUAUAUGGCUCCUGAAGUACUAGCCAAGGGUGUUGCUUAUGACUCUUCAGCUGAUUGGUAUUCAUUUGGCUGUAUGUUAUACAAGCUACUCAAAGGCCAUAGUCCUUUUCGGCAUCCUAAGACCAAAUCUGGAAAUAAGGACAAGAAUGAUGUGGAGAAAAUAGUCAUUAAUCACGAUAUAGAACUUUGUGAUGCUGGUCUGUCACCGAAAUGUCAGGACUUAAUCGAACGCUUACUAAAACAUGACGUGCAGAAUCGGAUUGGUUGUCAAGGAAGAGGUGUCACAUUGAGAAAAUUGAUGUACGCAUCUUACAGUCCACAAGAAGUAAAGGAGCAUCCAUUUUUUGCAUCUGUUGACUGGCAGAAAGUGUAUUUGCAACGAUUGCCACCACCAAUCAUUCCACCUCGAGGUGAGGUGAACGCUGCUGAUGCAUUCGACAUUGGGAAUUUCGAUGAUGACGAGGUGAAAGGUAUCAAACUAACAGAAAGUGACAAUGAAUUGUACAAGAAUUUUAAUAUAACAAUUUCGGAACGAUGGCAAAAUGAAAUCGCGGAUACGAUUUUCGAGGUGGUAAAUCAGGAUGCUGAUAAGGCUGAGAGUAAGAAACGCACCAAGUUUCGAACUAAACUCAGCGUUGAUGAAAAAGAUUCUGAUGUUAUCAUACAUGGAUAUAUAAGAAAACUUGGUGGACCAUUCACUUCUGCAUGGCAAACACGUUACGGAAAAUUGUACCCAAGUCGUCUUGAGCUUUAUCCUGAGUCACUCAAUGGCAAACCCGAGUUACUAUUCAUGGACCAAAUUGAAGAUGUAACAGAUUUACAAAGUGUCAAAGGGGAAAACUCGAUAGUUGUAAAAUUAAAGGAAGGCUUAAAAGACGCGAAGUUGAUUCUUACCAAUCAGGACGAGAUAUCAUUAGGUGAAUGGCACACUUCGCUGAGGACCGCUCAUCGAGUUUCAUGUGAAUUACUGCAACGAAUGGGUCGUAAAGCAAUCAAAAUCUAUGGGGUGAACCAUGACCCGAUGCUUAGUGAUAAUGAUCGUCCAACAUCAGUCACCAAAGCUUUUAUGAGUCGUAUACCUUCUUUGGAUUCGGGAAUAUAG